GUCUACCAGAAAAAAAAUAAAAGGAAUCUAGCUUGAUCAUUCCAACAAAGCAUUUCCUUCCAUAAAUCGUAAAUAUAUCGCAAGAAGGCUUAUCAAGGAUUCAACAGUCCACAAAUUCCAAUCCCACACGGAAUUCUCGUUCCGAUCUCAUUUAAAACAAGAACUUACCUCGGCUCGCACACAAAGCAAGCUCUCCCUCUCAUAGGCUUUUGAUCCUCUCUGUGUCUUGAAGAGAAGGAAGAAGAUAUCAUGGGAGUUAUGAGGCAGCUUGCUGUCCUUCUGACUGUUGUGGUCGUGAUAACAACAUUCACAACCAGAUCAGAGGGUGCUUUGCCGACGAACAUCUUGGAAAAAGUUCUGAUGGUAAACAAGAAGGGCCCUUUUUUGGGCCUUGUGGUGCCAAAUUCCUUUGAGAUGAGCCCUCUCCUACAGUCUUCCAAAUUUGUCCGGAGCAAGAGGCUGCCAUGCUUGGAUUUUGGAGGGAGGAGGUUCCGAUUUGGAAGGGUAGAGAAGGAGAAGGUGAUUAUUGUAAUGACGGGAUUGAGCAUGCUUAAUGCCGGCAUAAGCACUCAGCUGCUGCUGACUCUAUUUGAUGUGAAGGGAGUGGUGCACUUCGGUGUCGCUGGAAAUGCUAAUCCCGACCUCCAGAUCGGAGACGUAACUAUUCCCAAGUAUUGGGCUCACACCGGCCUCUGGAAUUGGCAGAGGUUUGGAGAUGGGCCUAAUGCUGAGCUAUCCUUCGAAUCCAGUGGUGACUAUACAAGGACAAUUGGACAUCUGAACUUUUCAGAUUUCGACAUAAAUAAAAAUGAUAAAAAUUUUGGGAAUUCUUUGAACAGUGUGUGGUACCAGCCAGAGGAGGUCUUUCCAGUAAGUGGAGUGCCUGAAGUUAGAGAGCGUGCCUUUUGGGUUUCUGUUGACCAUCAUUACUUUGCACUCUCAGAGAAAUUAGAGGGCAUGAAGCUCACAAGGUGCAUAAACUCCACAACUUGCCUAAAAAGGAUCCCUGUUGUGAAAAGAGUCGAAGGGGGUUGCAGUGCUAAUGUCUUUGUUGAUAAUGCAGAGUAUAGCCAGUUUCUGAGAUCCAAAUUUAAUGUGACUCCUAUUGACAUGGAGAGUGCCGCAGUUGCACUCAUUUGUCUCCAACAACAAGUUCCUUUCAUAGCUGUUAGAGCUCUCUCUGAUUUGGCCGGUGGCGGCUCUUCCAAGUCCAAUGAAGCCUCUGUUUUCGGUUCCUUGGCAGCACAAAAUGCUGUUGAUGCUGUCACACAAUUCAUAUCCCUGCUGGCCUAAAGUUGUAUUUCAAGAUAUAUAUUACAAUUGAUAGAAUUGAUCCAGUGAAUUUUCAUGAUAUGGUCAUAAGCUGAUGAAUGGCUUAGCUUCUUUAGCUUGCCCUGUUGAAAUAAAACUAGUUAAUUUUAUUAACA